GUGGUGGUGGUGGUGGUUCUUUCUAGAAAGCAGCUGUAACACCAGGUCAGGGCGCAUUCAAAUGAACCACAUGGAGCCAGCGAGCGGCGCCCAGGCCCCGGGCCCUGCUGUGAAGGCCCCGCCAAAGGUCAGGGCUUGGUCCGCGUGACGCGCCUUCCUGCGCCCGGCCGAGCCACGCCGGGCCCCAGCUAAGGUAUCUGCGCUCCUCAAACAACAGGAAUGCUGCACUGGCCUUGGGCCAGCGGAGGCUCAGCGAGCAGGAUACGAUUUCAGUGCAGAUUUACGGGAAGCGGCCGGUGCUGGGAGUAGAAAUCUGGUUUGCUCGGGUACCGAAAGAAUUAAGACAGCUUGCACCAGGUCCCCCAGCAGCAGUCCGCGGGUCCUUGGCUCCUUGAGGAGGUCUGGAUUUGCUUCAAAGAAGACUCAAAAAAUUGAGCAGAGAAAUCCCAAGCAAGCCGCCUGAAAAAAAAAAAAAAAUCCCUUCAUAACCCAUUUCACAUCUUACAAGGAACCAGAUCGGUUGAAUUGUUAGUUUUGGCCGCGCCAGCCGUGGAUGCCUCUGACAUCAUGACCGCCGAGGAUUCCACCGCAGCCAUGAGCAGCGACCCCGGAGCGGCCCCGGCCGCCGCCGCCAGCUCCGCCAAGGUGCCGGAGGGCGUGGCGGGCGCGCCCAACGAGGCGGCCCUGCUGGCGCUGAUGGAGCGCACGGGCUACAGCCUGGUGCAGGAGAACGGGCAGCGCAAGUACGGGGGUCCCCCGCCGGGCUGGGAGGGCGCGCACCCGCAGCGGGGCUGCGAGGUCUUCGUGGGCAAGAUCCCCCGCGACGUGUACGAGGACGAGCUGGUGCCGGUGUUCGAGUCGGUGGGGCGCAUCUACGAGCUGCGGCUGAUGAUGGACUUCGACGGCAAGAACCGCGGCUACGCCUUCGUCAUGUACUGCCACAAGCACGAGGCCAAGCGCGCCGUGCGCGAGCUCAACAACUACGAGAUCCGGCCGGGCCGCCUGCUGGGCGUGUGCUGCAGCGUGGACAACUGCCGCCUCUUCAUCGGCGGCAUCCCCAAGAUGAAGAAGCGCGAGGAGAUCCUGGAGGAGAUCGCCAAGGUCACGGAGGGCGUGCUGGACGUGAUCGUCUACGCCAGCGCGGCCGACAAGAUGAAGAACCGCGGCUUCGCCUUCGUAGAGUACGAGAGCCACCGCGCCGCCGCCAUGGCGCGCCGCAAGCUCAUGCCCGGCCGCAUCCAGCUGUGGGGGCACCAGAUCGCCGUGGACUGGGCCGAGCCCGAGAUCGACGUGGACGAGGACGUCAUGGAGACCGUGAAGAUCCUCUACGUGCGCAACCUCAUGAUCGAGACCACCGAAGACACCAUCAAGAAGAGCUUCGGCCAGUUCAACCCGGGCUGCGUGGAGCGCGUCAAGAAGAUCCGCGACUACGCCUUCGUGCACUUCGCCAGCCGCGAGGAUGCCGUGCACGCCAUGAACAGCCUCAAUGGCACCGAGCUGGAGGGCUCCUGCCUCGAGGUCACGCUGGCCAAGCCUGUGGACAAGGAGCAGUACUCCCGCUAUCAGAAGGCGGCCAAGGGCGGCGGCGGCACAGUGGAGGCCGCGGCCGCCGCGCAGCAGCCCCCGGGCUACGUGUACUCCUGCGACCCCUACACGCUGGCCUACUACGGGUACCCCUACAACGCGCUCAUCGGGCCCAACAGGGACUACUUCGUGAAAGCAGGCAGCAUAAGAGGCCGGGGGCGAGGUGCAGCUGGCAACAGAGCCCCAGGGCCCAGGGGCUCCUACCUUGGGGGAUACUCUGCUGGCCGUGGCAUUUAUAGCCGAUAUCACGAAGGGAAAGGAAAGCAGCAAGAAAAAGGAUAUGAACUUGUGCCGAAUCUGGAAAUCUCUGCCGUCAAUCCAGUUGCCAUUAAGCCUGGUGCAGUGGCCAUUCCUGCCAUCGGAGCCCAGUAUUCCAUGUUUCAGGCAGCCUCCGCCCCGAAAAUGAUAGAAGAUGGCAAAAUCCAUACCAUGGAGCAUAUGAUCAGCCCCAUUGCAGUGCAGCCAGACCCAGCUAGUGCUGCUGCUGCCGCUGCUGCUGCCGCCGCCGCCGCUGCUGUCAUUCCUGCCGUCUCCACCCCACCACCUUUCCAGGGUCGCCCCAUAACUCCAGUGUAUACCGUGGCUCCGAAUGUUCAGAGAAUUCCUGCUGCUGGCAUCUAUGGGGCCGGUUAUGUCCCAUUUGCCGCCCCGGCCACAGCCACCAUCGCCACACUACAGAAGAAUGCAGCCGCCGCGGCCGUGUAUGGAGGGUACGCGGGCUACAUACCUCAGGCCUUCCCUGCCGCUGCUAUCCCCGUCCCCAUCCACGACGUCUACCAGACAUACUGAGCCUGGUUGCCCCCAGGGACAAACCACCAAGCCACCGCUGAAGGAACGAACACUUUACUAUUUAUGAAGACAGAAUGUGUUCCAUUCAUACCUACGUCGGUCCUGAGUGAAGAAUGUCAAAUAUCACACCGGAAAACGCUAUAUAUAUAUAUAUAUAAAGUUUUCACUCGGGUUUUGUUGUUGUUGUUUUUUUAAAGACUUUCCAACUUAGCAGGCCUGUGUUCAUACAUUUCCAAGAGACUUGCAAAAAGGUUCGUGCCUUAAUUCCAUCUUUUUUUUUUUUCCCCCCAAAUUUGUACGACACUUGUAUAGAGGUUUUCCGGGAUUUUUGUUGUAUUGUGUUGUUUUCUAAGGAUAUAUUUUCAGUAUGAAGGUUAUUUUCUUAACUGUUGCACUCCAGAGAUUUCUAUUUUGUAGUACUUUCAAUAAUAAUCUUAUCACCUAUAUAUUAAAAAGAUUUUUAAAGCACCCUUGAGCAGCUAGGGAACUAUUUUGAAAAAUAUAUAUAUAUUCAAUAUUUAAAGAUACGAACGAUAGUGCUUUAAAAUACUACAUAAGACAUUUUUUUUGGAAAGUGGUACUGGAAUGUGCAAUUUUUAAAUAAAUAAAAACCUCUGCUGUAUUUUUUCUGCUGGUAUCAAGGGCUGGUGAUGUGACAAUGCUUUUAUUUUUUUAGUAGAAAUGAAACACUCAGCCUGUCUUUAAACCAGCAUGGGAAAGACUCAUCCAUGCUCUGAGUCUAACACUGGAAAGCCCUGGCCUGCCAUCUUUCCCCGGGGGCUCAUUCUGUAGGUGCCUUUCCUGCUACUAAUGCCUUCCUCUCUCCUCCGUCUCCCAAUUCAUCUCCAAUGUUUCUCAAGUUUAGGACAAAUAGCUAAACUCUAGUAGAGGGGGAAAAAAAACCUACUAUCUUUUAUAUUUCUUCCUGGGUUUAUACUGGGUCUUUUUGUUUUGUGAUAAAUAUUUUUUGGAGGGAUUUGGGAGGUUUUAUCUUCUAUCUGUGCUCUUUUCAAUAGCAGACUACAUGUAAGCACAAGGUUUUAAUAUGUUUGCCUAAGACAUCUUUGCAUAGCUAUUUAAUUGUCCAGUAUAAAACUUUUAAGUCCCUUUCUACUGCUUUUCAUUAUUAUUAUUUUGAAGUAUGAGUUUUUAGAGACAAAGAAUGUAUGGGCUUCUAGACAAGGCCCUAAAGACUUGUCAGCAGAAAGCCAAGCCUAUAGUUUGCCUUAUCAUGCAUUAUGCAAAACGUCUGUGGGUUGUCAGAGGUGCUGGAAACGUGAUGUUUGUUGAACAGGGCUGUUCCUCCAGUACUGUGCACUUGGCAGUGAACUUGGACCACGCACAUCCCGGAGAAGGAGAGACCUGCCAGAGUUGAAAGUUUGUAAAUAUCUUCUAAUGCUUACUUUCAAUCCUUUCACGUUGAGGAAGUUCA